CAGUUCUCUAUAUUUUCAAAUGUGACAUUAUUAAUGCAACUACAUAAUACAUAAGCACAGUUAAUGAGAACGGAGCCAUUAUCUUUGGAUACUAGUCAACCUUUUUGCUGUCAACUAACCCCAUUCAUUAAUCUAUUGUAAAUUAUUACUAAAUCUUGCAUUAACCCCAAAACGUUUUUUUAGUUGGUACUCAAGAAAAACAUUAACUAUUAGUCUUUCACCUCAUUGAAGGAUAAAACUAGACUUAGGUGACGUUUGCGGUACCCGGAAGUGGUGGCAGAGUGACUCCUCAUUGCUUCUUUCCGAUCUCUACUACGGUGGGGAUUUCACUUGUCCAGAUAGUGAAAAUGAGCAACUCCGAGGAACCCAACGUGACUACUGCUCCACAUAUAGUGAAAGAAGAGCUCAUGGCAGCAGGAAAAUGGCUGAAGCUGGAGAAGACCACAUACGUGGACCGUGCUGGAAGCACCAGAGCCUGGGAGACGGUGAAAAGAACAACGAGGCAAACCAACACAGAAGCAGACGGUGUUGGGAUUAUCGCCCUGCUGAAGCGGACGCUCCACAAAGACUGCGUGGUGAUGGUGAAGCAGUUUCGUCCUCCCAUGGGAUGCCACACUCUGGAGUUUCCUGCAGGGUUGAUUGACGAGGGGGAAAGUGCAGAGGCAGCUGCGUUGAGGGAGCUAAAAGAAGAGACCGGCUACAAAGGGGAAGUAGUGGGAAUCACUCCAGUGACCUGCCUGGACCCCGGUCUGUCUAACUGCACCACCCAGAUGGUCAUGGUCAACAUCAACGGAGACGGGGGGGAGAACAUCAACCCAACGCAACAGCUCGGCGAUGGAGAAUUUGUUGAAGUCAUUCUCUUACCUCUUGAUGAAUUCCAGGUGAAACUAGAUGAUCUGAUGAAGAAAGAAAAAAUCGUGGUGGACGCCAAAGUGUACAUCUUCGCCAUGGGGAUGGUUCAGGCUUUCUUUAAGCCGAGGGAGCUCCCCGUCCUGAAGCAGUGAAGGGAAACGUCCAGGAUGAGGAUGAGAGAAGAAGAAAUGUCUUUUCUGUUGCAUAGGGCUCGCUUCACAGGACUGAAAAAUCUGUAUUGGAAAAGGAAAAAAAUUCUAAUAAGAAAUAAUAUGAAAAGUUGUUUCAUUGUGGUUUUGGACGCCACGUAACCUCAUAUUUUAAUAUCUGUUUCUGUGAUGUAUAACGACCAUCCAUAGAGCAAAAUGAAAGAUGGAAGACACCAUUACAACUGUGUGUGAUAAACAUACUGAACGCACAAAUCUAAUUAUGAAAUGGAAGUCUGGAAAACGCCUUGUAUUUGGGAAGUGAACCCAUGAUGGAGCUCUGUUUACAUGUUGCGGCCCACUUUGUUGUCAGUAUGGAGGUACUACCAAACACCUCAAGGACUGAAACGUACUCUGGUGGGGCCCAUUGUUUCAUCGUUUGCACACUUAACACAGAAUAUGUUUCAGUCUCGAACGACUAAUAACUUCCAUGUUUUUUUUUAUUUUUAUGAGAUUACAUUUAGUUUGAUGAGACAUCAUUUUUAAUUUAGUGAUAAGAAAAACAUUCCUUAAAUACCGUUUUGCCGACUUUAAUGGGAGGAACGAAUUCACCUGAAAACACUUUAAGCAUGCAUACUGAAAUGCAUCAUGGGAACUGAAGCAACGCUCCCUUCAGAGGAAGUAGACGACCAGUUAGUUACAAAAUAACCCAUAGUGAUAAUAGUUACAUGUAGUAUUUGUUUGAUGUAUUAACAAAAUGUGCAACAGAUGCUGUCGCCAUAAAGGCAGCGACUGAUUAAUAUGAAAUAAUUCAUGCUGUGCCUCCAACCUCACGGUGCAGUGAACUGGACAUUGACGCAGUACUCACCUUUAGCGACUAGAACAUACUGACCAAUGAAUAAAUGUGAUGCUACUUUUGCUUUCCCGAA